GCCGCUCGGAGGCCGCCGCUGCCGCGAUGCUACCCUCCUUGCAGGAGUCGCUGGAUGGGGAUGAAAAGGAGCUAGAGAGCAGCGAAGAGGGAGGCUCCGCCGAGGAGCGAAGACUCGAGCCGCCGCCCAGCAGCCACUACUGCCUCUACAGCUACCGCGGAAGCAGGUUGGCACAGCAGCGAGGGGACAGUGAUGAUGGAAGCCCAAGUGGCACAAAUGCAGGCACUCCCUCUGGUGAUGAUUUCAGCCUCUCCUUGGUGGACACUAAUCUGCCCUCUGAAGUGGAGCCAGAGCUGCGCAGUUUCAUCGCCAAGCGUCUUUCGAAGGGAGCAGUGUUUGAAGGGCUGGGUAAUGUUGCGUCUGUGGAGCUGAGGAUUCCGGAUUACCGGGUCGGUUGUUAUUACUGUCUUUUCCAGCAAGAAAAACUGCUUCCUGAAGCAGCAACAGUGGACUCUGAACAUAACGCUUCAGAGUAUGUGGUCUGUUUUUUAGGAGGGUCUGAAAAAGGACUUGAGCUUUUCAGGCUUGAAUUGGACAAGUACAUUCAAGGAUUCAAAAAUAACAUGAACUGCGAGGAGACGGGCCUGGAGAACCACAUAAAAUCCUACUUGAGCAGCUGGUUUGAGGAUGUUGUCUGCCCGAUCCAAAGGGUGGUUCUUCUCUUUCAGGAGAAGCUUACCUUCCUGCUACAUGCCGCUCUGAGUUAUACUCCUGUUGAAGUUAAAGAAUCAGAUGAAAAAACAAAGAGAGACAUUAACAGGUUUCUGAGCGUGGCCAGUCUUCAGGGCCUCGUGCACGAAGGCACCAUGACAUCUUUGUGCAUGGCCGUGACGGAGGAGCCGCGCACGUCCGUGGUCAUCGACUGCAGUAGCUCCCAGCCCCAGUUCUACAACGCGGGAAGCAACCGGUUUUGUGAGGAUUGGAUGCAGGCUUUUUUGAAUGGCACCGAAGGAGGUAACCCUUUUCUUUUUCGACAAGUACUGGAGAACUUUAAACUAAAGGCCAUACAAGACACAAAUAAUUUGAAGAGAUUUAUCCGACAGGCGGAAAUGAAUCAUUAUGCUCUGUUUAAAUGUUACACCUUCCUAAAGAACUGUGGCAGCGGGGAUAUCCUUCUGAAGAUUGUUAAAGUGGAGCACGAGGAAAUGCCCGAGGCCAAGAACGUGGUGGCCGUCCUUGAAGAAUUUAUGAAAGAAGCCCUUGCGCAAAGUUUGUGAUCACAUGUUUUGAGGACCUUGUGUUGUGAAGUCAUACACUGAUGCAGUGGUAUUUGAAACCACACUUGUCAUGGCUGUCAUAGGAUCGCUACCUAAGAUUAUUUGAAACCCACUCUAGGUUUUUUCAUUUUGUACUUCUAAAAUUUAACUUACUUAGACAUAAAAAUCCGAGGACCAUCUUCACAGAGUCCUAGACAGAUGUGCGUUAGAGUCGUGGAAUUGUAGCACACCUACGUUCUAGACUUCAGGGAGCUGAUGCUCAAAAAUCUUGAAAAGUAAUUCUGCGGCUCCUCCGAGAAGUUGGCUGCAGUAUUUAGCGAUCUUUCCUCCCAGAAAAAUUGUAGCUCUUCUUUCUCAUGUACUAUAGCUGCUUUAAAAAAAAUGUCCGCCUAGUCUUAGGACAAGAUUAGUCCUGUGGCACCAUUUCAAAGAUAGACCUGUGCAUCCUGUGGGUGCUGGGAUGGAUUUUGUCAUCUGGUCGGUAACGGUAAGGAUGGUAAAGCCAGCCUUCAAGUCAAGACGCAAAUCACAAGUGUGUAAGAAAUUAAAUGAGCUUUAAAAAUAGAUGCACCAGCUUCCAGGGAAAACCUUAUCUCGAAUGGAGAGCUACUGCGGAAUGGCCCCUGUCAUUCAUUUGUUCACAAGUAUUUUGCCAAGAGCCCAUACUUUUUUUUUUGAAAGCACUAGUUUCCAGAGUGUUAACAAGAGAAACGAAGUACAUGAAUCCUACAAGCAAACUGUAGCUUGAAGAACACGAACAGAUUCUUUAUAUCAGAGUUACCCAUUGACUUCAGUUUUUUUGUAUAUUUGUUACAAGCCUCACGUUGUUCUACUCCGAAUGCGUUGAGCGUGCCGUCAGCCAGACUGUUUAGAAUUCCCAUGGAAGUCAGCCCGAGCUGCACACGUGUGGGGGCACUUUGUUCUGCGCAGCUCUUUAAUAAAUCCAUUUGAUGAUUUUUGUUUAGAUCAGAAGUCUCAUUCUCACUGCCGUCAGGAUGCUCAGAGGAACACAAGCCCGGAAAUUUCCUCUCCUCAACUCAUCUCAGUUCGCAUUAAGUGCUGAGUUUUAACUUUCAAAAUGACUGACAAUGGCCUUCUGCCUUCUCGUCUACAGAAGCCGAGGGACCUGGCUCACCAAGCCGUUUCUUUUCCUUUAAUGAGAAAUACAAUUCAGGAUCUUCAUAAAGGCUCUCAUACGGUUUUAAACGUUAAUAACUUGGAUUGUAGGCAGUAUAGGGAAAAGAAUCCAAAUAGCAUUUUUUAUAGCAUUACGUUCAGAAUGACUAUGGGAAAUAAGCAAUUGUAUGGCACUACUACUGACUUUUUCUAAUGGACUCUGCUGCUCAUUUAGAAAUCAAUUUUUUUUAAUAGACAACAUUAGGACAUCAACAUUGGGAGUCUAAAAAAACAUUUUUCAUUUUCAAAUUCACAUAUCAACAGCACAUGAUGUAAAUGGCAUUUAAAAAUAAAUGUAUUACCUGCUUCAAGCUAUUUAUGGAUAUAGUCAAGGUAUGAUUAUAUAUUUCUUACGUGUGCUUUUAUAUGUAUAUAUUUUGUGAUGCGGGCUCACUAUAUCACACAGCUGUAACCAUACGGUCUUAUUUUACAAGUCUGUGACAAACUGUCACUACUGUAGGCAAGGCCAGUGGUGACCUGGAAUGGAGUAUCUUGUUAGCCACGAGAAGAAACUCAAAGAGCUCCUACCCAGAAACAUGUGCUGUACUCAAAUUUUAAUAAGCCAAUGCAUUAACUUUUAAAGUUUUUAAAACGGAUUUGUUCAGGUGUAGAAUACAUUUUAUGUAUCACUUGUGUGCUCUACACACAGAGGAAAUAUGUUUGUCAUGUAUCAAAAAUGGCCUCAGUUUACCUGUAAUUAGAUUUGUAGUAAGAUAAUAAAUUGACUUAGCUUCUCACCAA